AUGCUAUCGAUUUCUCAGACAUAAAAAUCAUUAUAAGUGCAUUCACAGAAGAAAUUACACAGAUAAAACCUAUAUUCCAGGAACAGAACCCUAGAUAAUGUGGAGGCAAAUAAAUUGAGAGCAAAAUAUAUUAUCCAUGAUGAGGAAAGCUUAGAUGAGGAAAUCCAGAGAUUGAAAUAGGAGAACAAUCAAUUAAAGUUAGUAUUGAGAUAGUUCCAAUCAUAAAUUUAAUAUUUUAAAAGAGAAGUGCAAUCAAUCUCAAAAGAUGAGGGAACGCCCACCAAAAGUAAUUCACGAUUAAAAAUGGGCUUCUUAGAAAAAAUCACUAGACUAGAGGAUGAAAAUAUCAAAUUACAAUAAAAGUUAGCAGAAUAGCAAUAAUAUAUUGAAUAACUAUAAAAUCCUUUAAAUAAAAACAAUGUUGAAAACUUGUGCAUGUCAUUGAGUGAAGAUAAUAUGAAACUGGCUCAAAUGAUCUAAUAGCAAGAAUAAUCAGUAAACCAAGCUUAAAGUUAAUAUAAUAAGAUGAAGGUAAGAUACAAUUCAAUAUUAAAUAAGUAUAAAUAUUUGAAGAACCUCAACGCUUAAUUACUUUUGGAGAUAGCGGAAUUAAAGAAAAAAGAUACAUUAUUUCUUGAAAGACCGCAAUAGAAGGACAACAAAAAGGUUGAAGAAUAGUUAUAGUUAGAUUUUGAUCAAGCACUUGUAGAUUUAAGAAAUGAGAGGUAGAAGAACAAAUACUUGGAAAAUAUGAUGCAGAAAAUGCAAGCUGAAAAUCAAGAAUAAAUAGAUAACCUAGAAGAAAUUAUCUGA